AUGACGUCCAAAAAAUAUAUAGAUUUUGAAAAACUCAAUGAACCUACAUUUAAUGCUUAUUUAUUUGCAAAUACACUUGUUAAAGAGACUCAUCAUUAUUCAGAUAGUAAAAUUGAUCUGGAAAUACCACUUAAAAAGCUCCAAUAUGAUAUAGAAGAGAUUAAUGAAAAGAUCCAAGAAGAAAAAAAUUAUGAAGAAAUUAUAGAAUAUGUAAAAUCAUCUAAAGAAGUAGCAAAUGAAAAUAUAAGUUCUAUAAAAAGAUAUACUGAAUCAUUAGUGGACUCAUUUCAGCGAAUGGAUGAAAAGUGGACAAAAAAGUAUGAAGAAGCAGUUUAUUUAUUGACAUCUUUACAAAAUAUGCAUACGACAAACCAAUUGCUUUUAAAAGUUCAGGAAGCUGUUAUAUUAAUACAACGCUUGGAACAUUUAUAUCAAAAAAUAGAAAAACAUAACAAUGAUAUAGAAUCGUGGAGAAAUUGUGUUAGAAUAGCUAUUGUGAUUUAUGAAUGGAAAGUGCUUACGCAAAACAGUUUGGCAUGUUCCUUAGAUGAUAUUUUAAUUGUUGAAAAAUAUAAACCAUUUGUGACAUCUUUUUCAGAAAAAUUAGAAUCUAUGGCUUAUGAUAUGCUUUUUGUACAAAAAAAUCUAUCUAAAUCCUUACUUGUACCAGUGAUAUCAACUUACUUUUUGAUUAAUGAAAAUUCGUUAGUUUCUAAUUUAAAAAAGUACAACGAAAAAUGCAUAAGGAACGCAGUAGAUUAUUUUUAUAAAAGUAUCGAGGUUAAACCAAUAUUGAAACGUUUAUCUACAACCGAUCCAGUUAAGGCAAAAACCACUCUAUUAACAAACAUUGAAAAAAAAUGGGCAGAUAUAGGAAAUAUUUCAGGACAUAUUUAUGUUUUAAGUAUAGCUCUAGAAGAACCAGUACCGUCUUUAUUAAGAGAAACUUUUUUGACUCAUCAAAAUACCAUUCUUUCUAAUAUUUUAGAAAAAUUGAACAAUCAAACACCUUUUGAAUAUUUUUGGAAAGGUUUUUUAUCCCAAAUCACUCCAAAAAUAAAAAAUGCAAAAAAGCAGUCCGUAUGGCUUGACAAAACACUUUGUGAUCAACUUGAUUUCAUUUUAAAACUUAUUCAAGAAACAUUUCUUAAUGAAUUUCAUAAUCAUGAAAUAAAAGAACUCGUUUUAAAACAUAUACAGUCUUGCAUCCUUGAAAAGGGCUAG